AUGGCCGCCCUCGCCGCCGACCCGUUCAGGCCGCACCGCCACAAGAACACGGUCCUCCUGAUCCGCCACGGCGAGAAGAAGCGCGACGGCAGCGUCGGCCUCAACGAGGCGGGCAAGCGCCGCGCCAAGUGCCUCCGCAAGCUUCUCGGCGCACAAGGCGAGCACAACGUCGGCCUCAUCCUCGCCGAGGACUACGACCGCAAGACGAAGAAGCGCCGCCGCCCGUUCGAGACGGUCCAGGGCCUCGCAAAGGACCUCGGCCUCAAGGUCGACGUCGAGUGCGAGGUCGAUGACCCCAAGUGCGUCCGGCGCAAGAUCGACCAGUACGCGCGAGAGGGCGGUACGGGCGACGUCGUCGUGUGCUGGAAGCACUCGAUGCUGCACAAGAUUGCGCACGAGCUCGGCGCAAAGACCCGGCCGUACCCGGACGAGCGGUACGACAUCAUGUGGACGCUGCGCAACGGCCGCGUCGUCAAGAAGGAGAGCGAGCGCUGCCCCGGGCUCGACCCGCAGCACCCGCGCAAGCACGACGGCGACCUCGAGAUCGACGCCACCUCGGUCAUCGACGACGACGACGAGGAGGAGGAGGAGGAGGGCUCUGCGUGGGACGAGUACGACGUCGAGACGAGCGCAGGACAGUGGCAGCUUGGCGGGCUCAACGAGCUCGACUAGCGCUUCCACCCUUCCCUUCCCUUCCCUUAUCUCCUUUCCGCCCCUUUAGCCUAGACCUACACUCUCCGCGUUGUACCAGCACCCGCCCGUGUCGUCCAUAGAUCCUCUUCUCGUCCUGCCAUCGAGCGCUUUUGCCGUC